CUUUUGGGUGGAGGUUUGAACCCAACAAUUCCGUGACUCGUCCACAUCGACUCGUUGCCUCGACCUACUCUUUCCUGUACAUCUCGGAGCUCAGACUCAGUCACUACUUGCAGAACCCUACACCACAGCUGCGAAUGCUUGAUGCCUGAGCCUAAUAAGGCUAUCCAGGACGAGGAGCUAGACAGCCUGAGGGCCAUCUAUCCCGAUGAAUGGCACGACGUACCGCCAAAGAAAACAGCGUGGGGAACAGAGGUAGAUGGAGGAUGGUGGGAGGUCAAGAUUUGUGGAUUGGAAGAUGAAAGGGUCAGCGUGAUCCUCAAGGGCAAAAUGACACAGGCGUAUCCCCAGCAGGUACCCCCGUUGUCCCUUCGAGAACCAGAAUACCUCACUGCGAAACAUGUACAGCAAUUGCACACUCUUGUGCAAGAAAAAGCAAAGUCCAAGACUGGGGAAGUGAUGAUUUUCGAGUUGAUUGAAACCGUACGAGACUUCAUCACGGACAACCAUGCACCGUUACCCAACCCUGGAGAUGUCAACCUUUUGGAGGAGAAGGCUCGUCGAGAAGAGGCACAACGAGCUGCGGAAGAAGCAAAUCGAGCGACCGAAGAUGAGCGAAAAAAGAAAGAACUCGACAAGAACAACAGGUAUCUCCAUGAUCAAAUACAGCUCAACACCAUCAAGAAGAAGGAGACCGCAGAUCAGCACAAACAGCAGCUUGAGGAGCGUCGCAGACAAGAAUCUCUCGUUCUUCUCGAGAUUGGGGAUUUAGAGACUAGAGAUUUAGAGCUGGAUGAGUCCAUUUCGGUUGCGGGGUAUGAGGGAAAAUGGAAAUGGUGGAUAUUGUUCGGAGGAAAGAAGGAGAUACUCUGGACCACUUAUACUGCUGAGCCCGACAGCUCAAAAGCUUCAUCCUUGGAUGCCGUUUCCUUUGUCAAAGCUUCCUCGCCAAAUGUCUCGGUGCAGAUCAUCGAUUUCGCCAACCCUUGGUACUCUACAGCACUCGGGAGCAAGAGGAUAGACUCUUGUACUGUCGAAGUAUUGAGGUCUCAAGAGACGAAGAGUGAAAACAUUGUCAACGUACUGGCUGUCAAGCGUGCAAAGAGCCCAAAAGGAUGGGAACGGCUGGUGCUGGUGACAGAGGGCUUAUCUGAAGGCGUGAAGUUGCGGUCGUGGAUAGGGAGAGAAGGUCUCGAUGAAGACGUCACAAAGGAGUAUCUGACUCAAGUGCUUCAUGGAUUGAGUCAACUGCAUCAGCACAAUUGCUGUCAAAAACAAUUGGAUCUCGACUUUGUGCUUGUUUCGAGUGCACCUCACGGGCAAAAGGCCGUCAAGCUGCUAGGCACUUGUUAUGCUCGGCGAAUCAUCGACAUGCACAAGUCCAACCCUUUCUUGAGGAGCCGAGUCGAGACGGUACCCGAGGAAUGGAUAUCGCCUGAUGAACGUGAUUCACCGCAUACAUAUACACGACCUCGAGAUAUGUGGCUAGUUGGACUGCUUCUGGUGCAGAUGUUGUUUGGUCCAGACACUCUCAACAAUUACCACAACUUCCAUAGCCUGGUUCAGCAUGCGCCCGGAUUGUCAGACUCCAUGAUGGAUCUCCUUACAGGCCUGCUGCACCCGAAUCCGAAGAAGCGUCUAACUGCAGAUGAAGCAUUGAGCAAAUUGCGGUGCUUUGAUGAGACCACUCGACGAGCGGUCAAGAUGCCGAUCCACGGUCGUGUCGACAGCAUUCCCCAAUCACCCAACGAGCUGUUCGGUGCAUCACCAAUCAACCGAGGGGCUUUUAUGAAUCAUCGCCCGAGCACUCCUCAGCUGUUCGCCCCUCGACUGUCGAGAUAUAGGGCCGACUUUGAGGAAGUAGAGUUCUUGGGGAAGGGAGGUUUUGGAGAAGUUGUGAAAGCUAGAAACAAGCUGGAUGGACGGUCGUACGCUAUCAAAAAAGUCAAACUUCGCCCCGAGGACAACGAACAGAAAGUCUACCGAGAGGUGAACAAUUUGUCUAGAGUGAAUCAUCAACACAUCGUCCGCUACUAUGGUUGCUGGCUUGAAGAUCUGAACCCACCCGAUCUAACGCCGACCGUCGAAGGCGGCAUCAGUGGUCUGUCAACGGGCGCGACAAGCGCGGGUCAAGGCUCAACAAGCACAGAGGAAGACAUCUUUGCAGUCAACUUUGAUGAUUUCUCGUCCAGACGCGAUCAAUCUAGAAGUGCCUCGUUCCCUCGGAUUCGAUUCACCAACGAGAACGAGGACGAUGAAGACUCGGACGGAGAUGAUGACGAGUCUGACGAAGACUCGAGCACCGAUUCAGACGAUUCGGAUGGUUCAGUCUCCAGCGCAGCUACAGCCGACCCGUCGCAGCCUCAACAGCGAAGGGGAAGGGGGCAGCAUUCCAGCGUUCAGCAGAGUAAGCCAUCUUUGGCGUCCACGUCAGCUUCGACGAACGACGGGACUGUGCAAAGAAUCCUGUAUAUACAGAUGGAGUUUGUUGAAAAGCAAACGCUACGCGAAGCCAUUACCUCGGGGCUUGGAGAGGACGAAGUGUGGAGACUGUUGAGACAAGUCCUUUCGGCCCUGGCGCAUAUGGCCUCACUGGGUAUAGUUCACCGUGAUCUGAAGCCGUCGAAUAUCUUGCUCGAUGGGGACGGGAACGUCAAAAUCGCAGACUUCGGACUUUCUACGUCCGAAAUGACGGCCAUCGAAGUCGCUUCAGGCCCUGCUACUGACAUAGCCGACCACAUAGACCAGACCUCCAACAUUGGUACCAGCCUCUACAUUGCUCCAGAGGUGGCCAUAUCUAGAUCUUACAAUGAGAAGGCCGAUAUGUACUCUCUCGGUAUCAUCUUCUUUGAGAUGUGUUACCCAUUCAAGACUGCCAUGGAGCGAGUCCACAUUCUCACUGCUGUACGCCAACCCUCUAUAUCGUUUCCUCCUGGCUGGACACCGAACCACAAGGUAAAUGAAAGAGAGAUCAUUCGGAGGCUAUUGGUGCACGACCCAGCACUCAGAUUCAAAGCCACCGAGCUAUUGAGGAGUCCUCUAUUACCGGCGCCAGAAAAGCGCAAGGAGGAUUACGAUGCGGUGAUCCUUGAGCUCACCGAUCCCAAAUCUACCCACUUCACCUCCCUGCUAGACACGCUAUUUGAUCCGCCCUCUCACAAUAUCACUGAAGUCAAUCAUCGCCUGGUGGACUAUACCUUUGAUAAUGAUCCAGACGAUCAUCUACAAGUAUGGCUUACUGUCGUUAUACAACGUCUCGUCGACCUUUUCCAGCGACAUGGCGCUGUCGAAACCUAUCUGCCCCUGUUGAUCCCAGAGACCAAUCUGUUGGAUGCCUUCGAAGACCUGGAGCCAGUUAGGCUUAUCGAAAAGAGUGGUCAAGUGGUCCAAUUGCCCAGCAGCGAUGUUUUGGCGAUGGGCAGGAGUGCCACCAGGCGACAAAUUGAGAGGAUCAAGCGAUACCAUGUGGGGCACAAAUACACCAGCCAUCAUCUAGGGGGACAGCCCGUUGUGGCAGGGGAGCUCAGUUUCGACAUUGUCUCGCCCAUUCGCUCAGCAGCUGCGGAAGCAGAGUUGCUGGAGGUGGUGGACAAAUUGAUAUCCGAAUUCCGCGGUAUGCGAGGAUCCUCUUCCAUUGAAUACGAGUUUCACAUAAGUCACGAGACAGUCCUCAGCCUGAUCCUCGGCCUUGUUCCUGAACGUGCGGACAAACCUCGUCUGAAACUGUUGGAGCAAUUUAGACAACUGGGUGCUAGCAACAGUGCCAAUGGCCAAAGCCAAUCCCGAAACCUGUUGGGCAAUAUCGCUGGCCUCUCCAGAACACUGAUGGAUGAGCUCGAGCAGUGCUGUAUCGCUGGCGACUUUGACGUGGUCCGCAAGAGAUUAGAGACUCUCUUUGCAUCUGGGCCAGCGAAGCGCAGAUUGGCGGGUGCGAUGGACGAUAUGGCGAAAGUCAUUGAUGCCACGCGAGCUUGUGGUGUGCAGAGAAAAAUCCUGUUCAGGCCGACAUUGGCAAAGCACAGCGAGUUCUUCAGGGGAGGUUUGAUGUUUGAAUGUGUCCGACGGGGCAAGCAGAAGGAAGUGGUGGCUUAUGGUGGGAGGUAUGACUCCCUUUUGGAACACUUCAAGCAACCAGCAAUCCACUCCCAAACUCGACGUGUGUAUGGGGUAGGAAUGUCCAUCGCAGUCGAUCAAAUAGCACGAGUCGUGUCAAGAUACGAGUCAUCGUUAUCCCGUCGUCUGAUGGAGAAGCCCAACGAAGACGAACGAUCUUUCGGAUACUGGAGUCCAGCGCGAUGUGAUGUCUACGUUGCCGCCUUCCCUCAAGUUGAUAUAACUGUUCGACUUCAAGUCACCGGUGAACUUUGGAGAGCGGGGAUACGGGCAGACUUCCAGUAUGAUGAUGAUAGAAGUCUGGAUGAGGUCACGCAGGAGUGUCAGGAUCAGAAUAUCCUCUUCCUAAUCAUUCCUCGAGCCAGUCGCUCGGCUGUAAAAGUCAGAAGCAUCCUUCGUCGAUCGGAAGAAGAGGUACCCCGUCACGACCUAUGCAAUCACCUGCGCAUCGCCAUCGCCGAUCAGCGGAGGAUCGACGCGUCGUACGCUUCAGCUGAAGGGUCUAUACCGUCGGCACAAGCUGCGGCGUUGUCGGUGGAGCCGAAUCAGACAGAAGUGGAGAUCAAGCUGAUCUUGCCUCCUGAGCCUGUGGUUUCAAAGGGCAGCAAGGGAAGACCGGUGCGCAAGCAUCGCCACGGAACCAAGUCGGUAUACUAUGACAAAGCCUCUGAUUUCGCCGCGCAAACGCAAUCCACCCUUCCUCUUCUAGGCGUCGAUCUUCCGCCCCUUCUUCUCUGCCAAAUGGCUCUUGAUAUGGCUUGGAUCAAGGAUGACGAAGUGUGGCGGACAUUGCUAGCGAAAGAAGGAAUCCACGCUGGCGACAGGCGGUAUGCCGAAGCAGUGCGAGAAGGAGUGCAGCAGAUGCGAGCCGGGACCAAGGGUAAUGGGUCAGGCGGAAAUGAUGGAUGGAUGUGGCUGUUCAGCGUGAGGGACAACAAGGGGUUCCUGCUGCAGGGCGGAAGUGGCAAGUAAAGACUUCAACUAGAGACUUCCAGGAAAAUCAAAGAACAGUUUGAGAUACCAUAUCAACAUCAAACCGUUACCUAAAUAAUUUGGCAUUGUUAUGAUCUAUAGAAUGUACUCUCAUACAGCAUUACUGUU